UAUGUCACUAACCAAUUGAGCUGACUAACAAAUAGCAACAAUUCCACUGGAAUUCACAGAAUGUUCAGAAUUCGUUGCAUACUUUUCGGUAGCGCCAACCAAAGCGUAUCAGCUACUGUUUGGAAAGCGCUGUAAUUUAUUACUAUGCAAUAUAAAAAAUGAACAACGCAACGUAGUGUAGCCUAAAAAUAGUUUAUUUACAUAUUUACACUAUUUAGCCACUUUCUUAAGAGUGCAGAUGAAACGAUCUACGCUCACUUGUCACUGGCAUAUUGAAUUUUAUUUGGCCCCUCCGGCAAUUAAUUAUCGACAUGCAAUCGGACACAUCGAAAACGACACGACAUAAAUGCCCGAGUUGCACAGUUGCAUGCAUCGCUGUCUCAAUUCUGCUCCACAAACAUAAAUUGCGGAGAGUCUAUUUUGUCGCCCAGUCGACGUUUAUACAUGCCAAUGGCCUAACUGGUCCACCAACUCGCAAUUGGUAACUGUUCGGCUCACAUAUGUGAAUAUGAAUUUAGUGCUUAGUGGCCGCCUUUGCGUAGCACCACCAUAUACGCUCACAUUUUUGUACUAACUUAGUGCCUGCCAUAAUCGGCAAUUGUGCAUUUUUGGUGGCCCAAGAACCAUUGCGCAUUCGCACCACUUUGAAUUUGGUCAGCGUGACAUUAGCCGUAAUAAGAGCCACAAUAAGAGUAUAUGCAUGUUUGUGUGUGUGUGCAAAUAAUAUUCCAUAACAGCUGGCUAAAUGAAGCGCACGCACCGAUUUCAUCCAUUUCGCCAUCUAGCAUGUGAGUGGAGUUUAUCAAUUGGUCGCAACUAUUUUCUUAGUUUUGAAAUAGCUUCAACACUUUCCUUUUUUGCACUUUUUUUACAAAUAUAUUUGUUACAUUGAUUUCAAUAUCUGCGGCAUAUACGGUAUAUACAUACGUAUAUCAACUUUUUGUUAAUCCCAUUGGGUUUUGAGUUGCACACCAUGAAGUCAAUCUCUAAGCGCCAUGUGGCAAGCUCUUACAAACAUUUCUAUCUAAAUGCUACAUAAAUAUGUCACUUGAGCCAUUUGUAUUGAGUGCACUAUUAAUGCAAUGCAGAUAAUGUCUGGGUACAACUGAUGGUGGAAGACUUACAAGUUUAUAAAUAGUACAAGAUGUUGGAGUGAGUAGUUGGAGAAAUUCGUACUCACACAAACCAAUCGUUGAGGUUCCAGGCCUUCAUAUUGGAAAAAUUAUUCGCAUCAUUAAUUAUAUGGGUCAAUCUUGGAUUGCAUUAAAAGACGUUAUUAACAAAUUGUUAGCUUACCUUGGAAUAUAUGUUCUAUGUUUAUUUAAAGCAAAAAUAAAUAGUCCACCUCAUUGUGACUUGAAUUGAAUUCUCUGGGCCUCCCUCACAAAUACGGCUUUUGAUUCCUUGUUUAUUGUCAAUUAACUUGGGAGUAUAUAAUAUAAAACCUUUAGAUCGUGAAAAUUAUAUUAUAUUAUUAUGAAAUUAUGAAAUAUAGAUAAACGCAUUGAUCUUUGUUUUGAGGAAAACAACCUACGCACAUUGCAAAUCCGACCAGGCAAAUAUCCAACAAGUAUUUUGCCAUUCAAACCAGACGUUCACUUGCGAAGGCAUAGUUAUGUGCAUAUGGCUGUGUUGGAUAUUUGCAUAGUUGGCGGGUUUUGAAGCAGUUCAAAUUUCCGUCUGGGCUGGGUUUCAUAUAAAACUACUUUCUGCUUCCUCAUACCCACAUUAGCAAAUAGCACACGAAGAGUCGCAAAUGGCCACCAGAGAUUAUGACGUCUUCAAAAGUAUAAUAUUUCGCAAAUGUAUGCAAAAUAAUAUGAAAUAAAAGCAUUAAACAAUUAAAGGUGUACACUUUGUAGUCACUGUUGUUGGCUAUGAAUUUUUAAUAAAAGUAAAUGUAUGUGUAUUUCGUGGAUCAAUUUUUUUGUUUUGUGUUUUAUGGCAAUAUUUAUUAAAAAUAUUUCGAAAACCCAGUGAACCCACACAAAUCGACUAAAUAUGUCAGAGAGUCUGUGUUGCCAUGUGAUUUUGUAGCAUUGUGAUUCAUAUGCAUAUAACAGGAACAGCGGAACAUGUGUAGCGUCUACAUAUAUGGCACUUGACGAAAACGCGCAGAACAAGCCAUUAAAAAAUAUAAAUCGCGGAUUAAAAUUAUAAUAAAAGCCAUCAAUUCUGCUGCAUUCGAUGUCACUACUCUAACAAAUUUUCAAUAAUAAUUUUUAUUUUUUUUUUGUUUUGUAAUAAUCUUAAUUGCCUUUCUUGAGUAAUUUAAUUUGAGAAGAUAUAUGUAUUGCUUUUUACACCAGUGCACGAUAUACAUUUUCAGUCUUUUUUAUAUUUAUUUUCUUACUUGUCGCAUUGUAGUAUUUUGCUCAAGUCCUAAUUGAAAUCAGAACCCUUAAACGUAAUCAUGCGAGCAACCCACCCAGUGAAGCAUUACACGCUCGCUUUGGUCGGUGCCACUCAGCUCGAGCGUAAUUUGCAUAUGUUUUGCCCAUAAUUAAUAGAUAUUUUAAUAUAUGUGCAUACAUAGUAUGUGCCUCAAAUUCCUAAAUUGAAUUGUUUACAUGCUAACAAUUUGUUUGCCGUUUAGAAGCAUAGAGGUAGACAUUGAACGCCGUGCCAGACAACGUACACGUACAAUGUAUUGGGGCAUGUGUGUACACUCGCUCCAACCUCUGUAAACCCACUUAAUAUAAAUAUUGUUGUGUACUAAGUGUAGGUUUAUUUGUACUAAAUCAAAUCAGGCAGUGGCAGAAAACUGAAACGCUUGCAGUGCCUGAAUUCUCAAAUUAAAUUGUCAACUGUCAGCUCUCAAGCGUCGCUGGGAAACAAAAAUUGCUCAGUUAGCCUUAAAAUGCCUCAACAAGAGACUUGCUGAUUAAAUACCGAUUGUUCAGUUUUUAUACUCUCGCAACAAAAGUUGCUAAAGAGAGUAUUAUAGUUUUGUCCACAUAACGGUUGUUUGUAAGUCCUAAAACUAAACGAGUUAGAUAUAGGGUUAUAUAUACCAAAGUGAUCAGGGUGACGAGUAAAGUUCAAAUCCGGAUGUCUGUCCGUCCGUGCAAGCUGUAACUUGAGUAAAAAUUGAGAUAUCUUAAUGAAACUUGGAAAACGUAUUCCUUGGCACCAUAAGAAGGUUAAGUUCGAAAAUGGGCGGAAUCGGACCACUGCCACGCCCACAAAAUGGCGAUAACUUAAAACACAUAAAGAGCUAUAAAUAAGCCAUAAAUAAAGUUAUGAAAAUAAAAUUUGGAACAUAGGAUCGCAUUAGAGAGGGGCACAUUUGAAUGUAAUUUUUUUGGAAAAGUGGGUGUGACCCCGCCCCCAAAUAGGUUUUUUGUAUAUGUCUUGCAAACCAAUAAAGCUAUAUAAAACAAACUUUCUGCAGUCGUUUCUUUUAGCCGUUUCCUUAUACUGUCCAAAAAUGAAAGAAAUCGGAUAAUAACCACGCCCACCUACCAUACAAAGGUUAGGUUGAAAAUGAUUAAAAGUGCGUUAACUCACUAACGAGAAACGUCAGAAACACCAAAUUUUACAUAAGAAAUGGCAGAAGGAAGCUGCACUGAGCUUUUUUUACAAAAUGGAAAAUGGGCGUGACGUCGCUCACUUGUGGGUCAAAAACCAUAUCUCAGGAACUACUCGACAGAUUCGAAUGAAAUGCGGUAUAUAAUAUUUUCUUGGCACCCUGAUGACACGUGUGGAAAAUGGAUGAACUCGGUUCACAACUACGCCUACUUCCUAUAUAACUCAAUUUUGAAUCCUUUUGAUUCUUUCACUUUAUAAUGUAUACAUAAGGAACAGAUAAAGAUAGCGAAAUAAAACUUUACACAAAUACUGUAUUUGAGCUGUGACAUCACUUGAGGAAAAAUUGUCAAAAUCGGACCAUGACUUUUCAAGGCCCCUGAUAUCAAACAUGAAGAACUCAGUGCCUAAGGGUAAUUUUUCACCGAAAAUAUAAGUAAAUCUCUAAAUAAUUUGCGAGAGUAUAAAAUGUUCGGUUGCACCCGAACUUAGCCUUUCCUUACUUGUUCUUAAAUAAUUAUGUUUUACUUAAUCAGUUUCGGGUGGCUUUUUUUAUCUCAGGAGGAUGUGAAGAAAUAUAUAUAUGUUUACAUGUUUUUACAAUUCUGGGGCUAAAUUUUGGAGUAACCAUGUAGCUUUUUCUUAAUCAUUGCACCGGUUACUGGAAUUAAACUAUUUGGAUAUGAACAAUUAUCGCCAUUGUUAGACACUUAGCUAAGAUACUUCUCCAAUUUGUAGUAUAUUCUUUAGUAUUAUAUGACUCUAAACUUUUGAUGAGCGUUAGAAGAAGCUUUUCAUGGCGAAAAUACACUUGUAUGUUUGUUCCUCGAACAAGUUUCGCUUUCAGAUUGCCAGGUCCCAGAUGAUUGCAAUUUUUAAGCAAUCCGUACCGGAUAACCUAGCUGCAAGUUUGGACAGCUUCGGGCAGUUGGAAACAUUUCGUUUUAUUACAUAGCUAACUUCUCAAAUGCGGCACGUAACAGCCAGGUUAAAGAAAUUAUAUAAAUUCUGAAUAAAUAUUGACGAUGGCGAUGACGAUGACGAUGGCUCCUCGUCGAUGUAAAACAUUUAUUUACAAUGUGUAGCCGCAGCCAAAUUCACACAUUUUUGUAUUUAUUUAUGCGCAUUAAACACGUCGGUGUGCGCACACCAAACAACAUAAUUUAGCAAAAUAAUAAUAUUUGCGUUGGCAAGACGUUUACAUUUCAUCGUCCUUCUAAAUUUGCCCAUCCCCCAAACACCCCGCACAAAUACAUAUCUACAGCAGCUUUGCAAUUAUUCGCCGUAGGUGUGCUUCGAAUAGUCUUAUUUGAACUGAAAUGAGAAUUAUUGCGAAUUUCAGCAUAUUUAACAUAAUUCUUCUGCUUGCUUUUUUCGAAUUAUUAUAUGUGCAAACUCGUAAACACCUUCCACAUUAAAACUAAUAGGCGAGCUUGCUAACUUUGUAAACAAUCAUGUGUAUGUAGGUGUGUGUGUGCAUAUGCAUUGAUUUACAUUUCUUGGCAGCGGCGAAAUAAUAAAAAAUUAUUAUAACUAUAAUUUCACACAUUAUAUUUGGGUUGGGGGAAAACAAAAUCUAAAUUUAAGAAUUACCAAAAACCUGAUAAAUAGAAAUUGAGAAUAUACAUACAGAUGUUGAUCCCAUAUGUGUGUGCAUGCAAGUCUACAAUUGCAGUCAUAAUAAUAACAAAUAGUCCCAAAAACGAAACAUGAUAUUGUACUCAGUAUAACCUACAUUUUAUAUGCUAAUAGACAUUUAAACAUAAUGCCUUGGGAUACUUCUAUGCUCUGCUCGAGUACCUCGUUUGAAGUGCUUCAUUUUAUGUUAGUACGUGAGCAUUUAUUUGUUCUUGACAUCCGUAUUUUAAUUAUUUCUUAAUUUAAUUAAAUUAAUUUUAAUUUAAUUUUUUCCAAUAAACAUUAAAAAACUUAUUACAAUUAAAUUUUUUAUUUCUUACUAGCAGACCUGGCCACACGUUUUUGUGGCUAAGGAAUACAUUAAAUUAGUAAAUCUUUCAAUGCAGAGAAAAAUUCUUACGCAUAAAGACGAAAACAUUAUAGCCGAUAAAUUUGAAAAUGAUUGAUAGACAUUAUUGUAGAUCUGUGUUAAGCGUAAAUCAUCAUAAUUUGUAAAACUUUGAUUUUUUUAAAGUAACAAAUGACCAAAUUUCGUAGUUGGCUUUAUCUUGGCUUUGGUGACGAUAUUGAUUACCUUCUUCACAGCCAGUCUUGUUCUUUUGCAAAGUUUGAUGUUGAUUUAUGUUACGCAACAUGAUGACAACUCAUACUACUUUUAAUUGCAAGUGAGUGGGGAUAGUCCAGCAAUUUAAAAUAGUUUGUGGGAUAAUUGAAUACGUCAUCCUGGUUUGUAGCUGUGUCAACUCUCCUUUAACGAAAUUCUAAAUUGUCGCAUUAAGAUCAAAGAGAUCCUUGUUUUUUUACCACCAAUAUAGGUCAUUCAAUCAGCCAUUAAUGUUUAUUAUAUUAUGGUUUCAUGUCAGGAAAAACACGAUGAAUAAGCUCCUCUUUGGAGGCCAUGAAGUGACAGAAACCCAUUAAAAAUGUUAUUAAUCCAUCGAGGUGUCAACUGCGUCGCUACCAUUUUCAACUAUUUUUACAAUCUCAGUAUGAUAUUGUUGGAAAAACACUCGUAUGUUAUUUGUUAAUUGGCGAUUCUUUAUGUGUCGCCACAAAUUAAAUGAUUUUAGGAAUGUGAUUAGUUCGUCAGCAACAGUUGAUCCAGGAUACACUUACUUUGUAAUCCUUCCCUGGCCUUCCAUAAAUAUUUCAAAACUAAAAUUAGCCAGAUCGGUUUGGCCCUUCUCGACUUUUUUCGAGACUAACGACACAAAUUGUUUGUAUGGGUGAUUAGAAAAUUGUGGAUUUAAGACUUUUUCAGGCAAUUUUUCUAAUUUCUCUCCGUAAGAACCAUCCCGGUACCUCUAAAAACAUUCUAAACAAAGAAUUUGCGAAAUCGGUUCAGCGGUUCUCGAGUUAUGCGCUUAGCAACACAUUUUGCGAUUCAUUUUUAUAUUAUAGAUUAAAUAAUAUUACUUAUGUAGUACUUUAUCAACUUUUAUUAACAACACUUUUAUUUUCAUUAAAAGUUCCAUUCUUGCCAAAGCAUUUUAUAAUGAAAGCCACUCCUAUUAUUUUGAUCACAGCUGCAUCUAUUGAUGCAUAGAAAUUAAUAAUCAAUUAUUGCAUAAUAAUGCGAUUCCAACAUUAUUAUGUUUACCGAUUUCCUCUAGAGCCCUAUAAUUGAGGAUAUAUCAAAGUAUAAUUAUAUAUUAUUAAUAAUUAUUAAUUAUUAUAAAUUGUUUGCGAAUCGUUCAACUAAUAUCAAUGGAAUAGCCAAUUCGCACAGCCAAAUUAAUUGACUUAUUUUAAAAAUUAAGAUUAUAAUGGAUAAACCAGUUUUUCCCUUCGCACUGCUGGCUACUCGAUUAACGAUCAACAAUUAAAAUUUUUUGUUUUUGCUGUUCAUAAGAAUUUGCGAACGUUCACCAGCUGAUUGCUAUUUUGUCAAUAGACACCAAUAUUUCCGGCAGCGACAUCUUCCGUAGAGUUGCAGUACUGCUAUUUUAUCAAUAAACACAGCUAAAUUUACAGCGUGGACAACAACCCGCAGAGUUGCAUUGCACUUUCAACUCAAUUUGUAUUCAAGAGAGACGCAGCAUCCCUAGAUAUGGUCCAAUGAGUUUACUAUAUUCUCCACCGUCUAGCAAAUACUCGCUAGAAAGAAUAUUUUGAAACGUCAAGACUAAGGUCUGUUUCGAAGCAAUUACAGUAGAAUCCGUUUAUUAUGACUCCGCCUAUAUUGACCAACUGGUUACUAUGACGUAAUUACCCUACGAAGUUUGGUUUUCAUAUAAAAUUCUGUAUAAAAAAGUCGGAUAUAAUGACUUCGCUUACAGUGACAUGUCGCUUAUUAUGACCUAUUUUUAAUAAAUUAUGUCCGGUUAGAAUGACUGACAUGAUUAUUUACACCUCCCGCAAUGUUCGUUGAUUCCCGAAGCCGUUCGGCACGUGGCUCGUUUUUGUUUUGAGUCUCAGUGAGUAAUUGACACUUGAACGUCACGCAUUCUUGUUUGUUUGUUACUGUGAAAAAAUGUCAUCACAACGACGUAAAGCAUUUACAAUUGAGGAGAAGGGUGCAAUAAUAUGCAAAAAUGGAGAAUCUAACGCAUGUCUCGCAAAGGAAUUUGGCGUGGGUCAUUCGACAAUCUCAAUGAUUUUUAAAAACAAGAACCGCAUUAAGCAAUCGUUCAAUUCAAAUGUUUUGAAACCGAAGAGGCUUCGAAAAUCACGACAAGAAAAUGUUGAUGAAGCAUUAAUUCAGUGGUUUAAAAACAUGAGAAACCAAGGAAUACCUGCCAGCGGCCCUAUGCUACAGGAAAAGGCAAAUGGUUUUGCCGCGCGUUUUGGUAUUCUCGACUUCAAUUGUUCUGCAAGUUGGAUUAGUCGUUUUAAAGUUCGACAUAACAUUGUGGCGGGAAAAAUUGUCGCUGAAUCUUCGUCUGUUGAUCAAAAUUCAACAACAAACUGGUUGAUAUCUGUGUGGCCGAAUUUACGAAGACAAUUUUCUGAUGAUGAGAUAUUUAAUGCUGAUGAAACCGGAAUUUUUUACAAAUUAAUGCCGGAUAAAACUUUAAAAUUUAAAGGUGAAAAUUGUAGUGGAGGUAAGUUGUCGAAAGAUAGAAUAACUGUUAUGGUAGCAGCUAAUAUGAGUGGCACAGAGAAAAAGAAAUUACUCAUUAUUGGAAAGUCACAAAAACCAAGAUGUUUUAGAAGUGUCAAAUCAUUACCUGUCGAUUAUGCUAACAAUCGUAAAGCUUGGAUGACGUCAGAACUUUUUGAAAAAUGGCUUCGUGAUUGGAAUCGUGAUUUGGUGAAGAAGAAGAAAAAAAUUCUAUUGCUGGUUGAUAAUUGCCCGGCGCAUCCAAAUGUUACUGAUUUAAAGUCUAUAACACUUGCUUUCCUUCCGCCGAAUACAACAUCAGUACUGCAGCCAAUGGAUCAGGGAAUAAUACGAUCACUCAAAACGAAUUUUAGGAAGAACCUAGUGCUCAAAAUGAUUAGCUGUCUUGAUGCUAAUGAAAACAACUCUUCUACAAAAAUAACGGUGCUAGAUACAAUUCUGAUGGUUAAUGAUGCCUGGAAUAAAAUGUCACAAAGUACCAUUCGUAACUGUUUCAAACAUGCAGGAUUCAUUGAAAGCCACGACGGUUUACCUAUUCAAAUAUCAGAACAUGAAUUCGAUGAAGAAGAUGACAUUCCUUUAUCUUUGUGGUCACGAAACCUAAAUUCAGAUUCUUUAGCAGCACCGGAAAUGUGGGAAGAUUAUGUUGACGUCGAUAGCGCUCUCCUCACAUCCGAAGAACCCAACGAUGAAAAUAUCGUACAGAACAUUAGUGCUAAGAAACAACUCGAAAGUGAUGGGGAAGAGGAAGUCGAGGAAGAACCAUUACCUACCGCUGAAGAGGCAUUAAAAGCUGCAGAAUUAUUAUCACGAUUUGUUCACAGCAAUAUUGAAAAUGAUAAUUUGACCAUAGCUAUGUCUUCUAUACAUAAUAGUAUUAGAGACUGUUUUUACAAUAAAAUGAAAAAACAAAAGCAGACAAAAAUUACAGAUUACUUACAGUAAAAUAUACACUUGUAUGUGUUAUAAUGUGCUGAUUACGUACAAUUUUGAUUUCGAUUUUAUAUGUAUGUAUACAUAUUUAAUUACUAUGUUUCUGUAUUAAAGUACUUAAGUACAUACAUAUUUACAUAAAAAAGUUUUUCAUUUCACAAAACGCUUUGUAUGACGUCCGCUUAUUAUGACGUGUUUGUCAAUUCCUUUCGAUGUCAUAAUAACCGGAUUCUACUGUAUGUCUAUAACAUAAAAAGUGUUAAUGAAAAGUUGAAAGUUCGAUAGCAACUACAUAUAUUUUAUUCUUCAAUAGAAUUUUGAUAAAAAAGUUUUUUCGAAAGCUGAAAGAGCCCACGCUUAUUAAAAAUGUCGCUCAAUAUUUGUUUUGGGAAUUUGUCAAUAACUGUAAGCAUAAAUCAAAUAAAAUGUUGUUGAAACUUUUUGGUACAACAGUAAAUUAUUCAUCUCAGCUACACACACUUUCAUAUGAAUACUGGCACACAAAGACUGCUGGUCAACAACACCAACGCAAAGCCAACGAACGCCAAAGUACGAACAACCUUUACCAGCAGCUACACACACACACACACUCUAUCAUGAAGGUGUCAUAUGUGUGCGUGUGUGAGUGUUUGUCGGAUUGUAGUUUAUGUAACUGUUGGUGAGCACUUGUACACACACAGCCUUUCAUCUCGCUUGCCAGCAGCUUUUAAACAAAUAUUCGGUGUUGGGCGUUCUCAAAAUGUUGUUGCUUGUUGUGUCUUAAAUGCCUGGAAGGUUAUAAAUUCAUUAUCGCAUACGAGAUGCAGUUGUUGAUAUUGACGAAAUACAAUGACAACAACAACAACUAUACUCAUAUAGUAGUACUGCAAUUUCAAGUUCACUUCAAACGGCCCACAUGCACACAGCUCGUACUUGGCAGCACACACACAGACACACACACACAUAAACGAUGGCACUUACACUUGUAUAUGAACAUGUGUAUAAGUACAUUAAUGUAGAAUGAAGAAUUCUUCCGCAUAUCAAAACAUAUGUUGGAAUGACUCUCUUGUAAGCACUUGGUGUUGAUAGAAGCUUUUAGCGCCACUUUAUGGGCAUUAGCUACGUAUAUGUAUGUAUGUAUAUAUAUAUUUAUUCCAAAGAAUGCAUCACUUCCACGAGUCUUUUCUGAUAACAUUAACUUCAUUUGUAGAAAUGCUGUCAUAAAUAGUAAUAAUAUAAUUUCUGAAGAUUUUACUAGUAUACACAUAUAUUUUUAGUAUGGAAAUAUAAAAAUGAUCUUAUAUAUGGAAUUUGUAAGUGAAGUUGACCUUUUUAUUUUUUUUUUUCUCAUACAAAAUCAAGUUUUAUUAGCCAAAGAAAUAUUCUUGUGACUACGUGCUCCAUUACGCUUAAAAGUUGCAUAUUAACUGUAGCAACGGCCACGACUUACGUCACCGCGCUUAUUAUGGGAUAUAUAUAAUUAGUGUAUGACAAUGUCCCGUAAGCAAGUAGUAUAUUUAGCAAAGCUCUUUAAAUAUGUCUCACUAGACAAGGGUAAUUUCCUGUAGCUACCAGUAAUUGAAUGCCAAUUUUUAUUAGAUCAGAAGGAAAGCAAUCUUCUACCAGUUUUAUAGUGUUUCUUAUACUGCAGUGACUAUGUAUGUCUUGUGGUUAUUUUUGAAAAUCCAUCAAUCAAUUAAGCACCCAAACAUAAUCAUAUCUAGUAAGACAAGGUAUGUUCCCGUGCAGAAUUUUGUCUCAUAUAUUGAAAAGGCUUUGGUUAUCCUAAAACCCUUUUAAUCAAUGUAAAAUAGUAAAGUUAAAGUAUUUUCUAUUUCAUACUGAUCGUCUUCAUAGCACCUAAUUUUUAUAUUUUAUGCACUUAUGAUAUACUUCAACCAACGAACUUGUGUUAGAUAUCAAUUGUGGUUUCAUUCGCCAUUUUAAUGGUUUAUAUGCAGUAUAAAUUCAAAUACUUCAAAAUUUUGUUUUUUUUUUUAAGAUAUAUAAACUUGGCUAGCAUUUGAAAAGAAAGCUCACUGAAAGUCUAGGUUGUGAUAUUUGUGCUGCAAGUUUUCACUCAGAAGAGCGCAUGCUAAUCACUAGCCUCUAAAUCACAUCUCAGCGCUGAGCAAGCUAGAAAUGUUGACAAACAAAGUGAAUAGUUUAAGCCGAGAGAGUUUUUGAGACGAUUGGAGCAGCGGUGCUCUCGGGCUGUUAUUGGCCUACUCAACUACUGGUUGCCAUAAGCAACACUGUGUAAACAGAGACAAGCAAAACCAGAAGCCACACUUGCCGCGCUGUAAUGAAGAGAGUUCAGAAAAGUGUUGGGUGUUUGGGUUGCAAAUACUCGAAUACAUUAAUUUGGUUAUUUAUUUGUCUUGCUGCCUUGCUCCACGUUGCCGCUCUUCGCUUGGCGCUUGGUGCUUGGCUAUUGGAGCGGCAGCAAUUUAAGCUCAAUUCAGUAACAAAACAACGUUCGACGUGUUAGGAAUGCAACGACAAUAAAUAACAGUAUUUUUUCUGACAUAUUUCUUUUUUACGUUUUCGUGAAUGAAAGUUUCGCCCGUGCGAAAAACAUUUGAAUGAGUUUAAACAGAUGAGCUGUUGGUGAAUUUUCGAAGAAACUCAAUUUUUUACUUUUUUUAACUAUAUGCAAGAAUAAUUG